GACAAAGUAUGUCGUCCAGUUCCUCUUCCUUCACGGGGCAGAAGCGGGGCCGCGAAGUUACGUGUCUGCCUUGCCAUAAGUGCAAAGCCCAACGGCGUGUGUUGUUUGGUCUAGCAGAUGGGUGCACGUUAAAACGUGGAAUGGAUACGUGGGAACGUUUUGAAUGUAGGUACAUUGGUGUCUUGUGUGGACACGGUCAGAAAGAGUCUGCGUCCUAUCUCACCUCGCGAGCUGUCGAGCGCGUCGCUGCAGUAUUUGGCAUUUCGGCAGAGUCACUAACUACGAAUACCGCGCGCGCGGGGAAUAUCCAAGAAGAGUUGAC